UAUUGCACUUCACCAAUCAACAACGAAGAGCUAGGAUUUUGGUGGCGUUUGUUGUCGAAAGUUGCAAGAGCAGAAAGGUUAAACAAUAUCUUCUAUUUUAUUGCCCUCCCCCCACAUUUUUUUUGCAAGACUAUCUUUAAUACUAAUACACAGAAAACGUUCAGUCGGUUUUACACCAUCCCACACCAUAUCCCCCUGAGGAGCCCUUCAUCAUCAUCAUCAUCAUCAUCAUCAACAACAACAACAACAACAACAACAAUAAUGCCCAGGCGAAGGAAAAGUAGAAUCCGAGAGGCCUAUGACGAGCACUUUUCAGAGAGCGCGGUAACAUACCCAAGAAUUGUGAAUGCUGUCGAGAGGAGGACGGUUGUGACAAGACCGGAGCAAGACUAUGACAGAGAAUUUGAAUACGAAACCAAUCAGUUUAGCGGCAUUCGAAGUUACCAUGAUGAUGACCACAGAGGACACCGUAGCGACAGGAUACACACAGGAAGUGAUCAAGGAUACCAUGGUGACAGUACACCCAUAGGAAGCUUCCGAGUGAGGAAUUCCCCACCUCCCCGACAAGAGGAUUACAGAGAUUGCUACUACAGGGACUCCAGAGAUGAUUCUCUGAUGGGGCAUCAAGGAGAGAUGAGGAUAAGCAGCAGAGCGGGCUCCCACCUCAGCAGCAGAGUUAAAGGAAUAGCUCCUCUCUCGAGGACUGUGUCUUCAGCAGCUAACCCCGAUAGAGUGGACCCCAAUCUGAUGCAGGCCCUCAUCUACUUGGACCGAGGAGAGGACCCUGAGGGUCUUAGGCGAAGGGGCCUGGACCCCUACCCUGCUGGCCCAGCCGGGGACACUUACAAAACAGUACGGGAUCGCUCUCCCGUCAGGAUGGAUAUCCCACCAGGCCCUGUUAUCAUGCGCUCUGGGUCCAACACCAGCAAAAGGAGCUACUCCCCAGACAGGGACCAGAAGAGCUUCUCCUACCAGCAGAGCCAGCAGAAGAGGUAUAACGAAGAGCCUCAGAGCCAGAACAGAGAACCUGAUAAGCCCAGGUUGCUAAGCCACACCAGAAGUACCUCCCUAGACGGAUCAGCGAAAAGCUAUGUAGCAAUCAAGGAGGAGAGUGUCCCCACGCCAGCCCUGCUAGCGGGGCCGAAGGAGACGGUGUCGGCCAAGGAGACGGUGUCGGCCACGGAGGAGACGGAGCAGACGCAGGACAACUUUAAGACACGGCGCUCUCAAGCCAUCGCAGCUAAAGCGCUGGAAAUCGAGAAGCGGUACAAGCAGGACUGCGAGACAUUUGGCACGGUGGUAAAGAUGCUGGUUAUCAAGGAGCCCAGUCUGGAGAAGAUGCUUCAGAACCCUCUGAAGGACAACCUGAUUGAGAUCAGGGAGCGUUGCCUUGACGACCUCCGACACUUCAUCAUAGAGCUGGACCAGGUCAUAAAGCCCCAACCAUCAACAUGAGGGGGAACCACAAACCCCCUUACUACAUGCCAGGAUUGAUGGACCAGAGGUGGAGUUUGGCCAGUGGUAUAGACAUUGUGACCCUGUGUGAUAUUCUCUCAAUACUGUGUCAAUAAGAGGGAAACAUUCACAUUCAAAUAACAUUUUAACCUAAAAAUAAUUGGUCACAAAAAAAAAAGUUACUUGAUUUUAUUGAAAACAUGCUUAAUUGAGAAUAAGUGUUUUAUUUUCACCAACCUUUUCUGAGUUGAGAUCACUGAGUCGAAAUGCAAGUCCAGUUCUAUCACUCAGAUGUUUUCUAAAUAUGACAUAAAAAACCUACGCCUGUGCUACAUUAACCAAUUAAAAACAGUUCUGUAGCAAUGAGGUUUGUACAGUAAGCUAUAGGCCCAAUACAUUAUCACUGCAUAUUGGCUUCGCUUUAAUUUCCCUGCAUUUACAUUACAUUUAAGUCAUUUAGCAGACGCUCUUAUCCAGAGACCCUGCCAACGCAUUGUUGUUCAGACCAUUUAAAAAAGAUAUAUAUUUCAAAAUUUGAGGUAAGCUAUAUGAUCACACAGUAAUAUAGAUCAUUUGUUGUAUUACUUGUGAGUCGACGCUAAGUGAGCAUAUUUAAAUAAUUUGCUUUACAUUUUACUGGGCUGAUGGUGCCUGUAUCUGAUGGUCAGGCUCAGCAGUCCGCCUCUCAACAUCCCUCUACUCUCCCUUUCCCCCGCUGACACUGACCAAAAAGGACACUGUCAUCCAGCUGAUGGCGGAUCUCGACUCGCCUCAUUCUCAGUUUCUCUCCUAAUGGUUUUGAAAUCUCACAGUAUCUGUAGCUUUCCUUCACGCCUGCUACGUUACUGCAGACACGGUAAUCUGAGCCAUCCGAUUGGCCAGCGGUAGGCCUGUAGUGCACUUCAUUUGCUCUGCAGGCCCGCCGGGAAGGCAGAGUUUGUAUCUUCAGACAAAUGAAAUGGUUCAAAAUUGAAACACUUCGCCUACUCGGCGUGCAGGGCAGCUGAAUCAAGUGCACCUACCGGCAACAGUGUAAGACAAAACAAUUAUACAAAUGCAAGGAUUUUUUUAAUAUAUAUUUUUUUACAUAAAUGUUUGAGAUUGACAAGAAAUGCCUUUGAGAUCGACCAGUUGGUCACCACUGCUUUGGGGAGGUCAUAGAAGAAAAUAUGAAGCAUUCUAAUUUGAUUGGCUUGUUUCGAUGCUGUUCUAGAUUUCAGACUUGAAAAGAGAAUUCUGCCGUCGUUACUCUAGAUGUCCAGCUGUCAUUUAUUUACUCUGUCAUCCACUACUACUGGCUUUCUGACCAAGUAGUAAAACAACCUGAUCAUACAGAGUUUACAUAUUUUUGUGUAUUUACAUCUUAUUUUCUAUUUGGUAAUAAAAGUGAUGUAACAA